CGUGGAGCGGCUUCAGGGUAACUCAAUUGGCUACGUCCAUCUGUUACCCGUCACGGAGGUAUUUGGAUGGUUUUAAUAUACGGAGUGACUAACACUAUUGCUGAUUAACCCUUACCCACACAUCCGAAAUAGUCAUCAAUAUGAAUAAUUCUGAAAUACCAUAUUUCCCGAGAGCAAGCUAUGCUGAAAAUGCAAUACCAAAUGUCAACUUGAACGAUUUUUCGCAUAUAAGUUCACUCAAGGAACAAAAUUUAUCGUACAAUAGUAAGGGCUUUUCGGGUGCCCCACAAGCUGUCAAAAAAUUACUUAGAUCAUCUUAUUUUUUUUUGACAUCAGAGUAUUUCAUUGUUCGUACAGUUCAUGUGCCUCAUCUUAAUUAUUUGCCUAAGCACGGUGUUAAUAAAAACUGA